UAUAAAUAGUGAAGCUACAAAAAAAAAUAUUUCAUCAGUAGGUAAUUACGAUCGUACCGUUGCGUGCGCAUCAUUGAGGUUAUGUUGGACUCGUGACGUGCGCACAGUAUCCGUACGCGUCUUUUAUCAUUUAAUUACCACUUUGUUUCGUGUUGUUGGGCGUCGAUAAGAGUUUCUUUUUUCUAAUCUAGCGACCUUCAAGGAUUCGUGUUAAUAAUCGAUUGGAUCUUUGAUAGAUUAAGCAGGAUUUCUAUUUUUUCGCUGAUUCGCAAAUAGAGUAGUUGCAUGAGAGGAUCGUCCAUUAUCUUAACGAACAUAAUUUACUUAAUACAUUCUGACAAAUAAAUUUACUACGUACUUGUAGAACGGAUGACAAAAUAAUUGUUUGGUUCACAAUAAUCAUGUCCAUACGUCGGAGAACAGAUCCUUUUAUGACUCAACGUAUAUGGGAUGCCAUAAAAAUUACAGUACAUCAAAGAAGUUUACCUAGCAAUGAUCGCAUGGUACGACAUUUGGCACGUGUUUAUGGAAUUACGGAACAGCAAGCUCAAGAAGAAUUGAACAAAGCUGUAGAAGAUAAUCUUGUUUUAUUAAAAAAAGUACCAUCAAAAACAGGAAUUGAACAAGAAAGUUACAGAUUACCCAUAGAAUCACCAGGAAAUAGCGAUCAUGAUUGGUAUUGUUAUAAAUGCCAAAAAGCUGGAUUAGUAGAAUCUUGUCAACAAUGUUACAGAGUAUAUCAUCUUAGUUGUCAUGUGCCUACAAAUACAAAAUUAAAAGUUUGUGACUUUUGCGAGAAAAUAAAUACUGACACAUAUCCAGAUAAAUCUGAUCUCAAUCAUAUACUUAGCUUUACAUGUGGUCAUUUAAAAGCAAAAUUACCACUAGAAAUUACGAAUCGAACUAUAGUUUUUAAUAACGAUCCUGUUGUUACACCACCAAGUGGGUUUUCUGGACCUACUUGGAUAAGUGAAGGUGAAGAUGCAUGGCGUCCAGGUUUUCUUAUAAAAAAACAUAUGGAUUUGGCAGUUAUGGAUUCCAAAACUAACAAGAACGAAUACAAUAAUUUAGUGGAAUUUCAAGCAGAUGCACACAAUAUUCUGCAUAAUAUUCUUUUAUAUCAUGGAGCUCACAGUAUAAUCGGGGAAAUGGGCAACACAAUGUAUCAAGAUUGCUGUUAUGAUCUUCAAGAAAUUCGUCGGUGUGCAGACUGUUACCGAAUAUCGAAUGAGAAAUCGGAGAAAAUGUGGUUCUGUAUACCAUGCAACCCACCGCAUCAACUUGUUUAUGCUAAACAAAAAGGAUAUCCUUAUUGGCCAGCCAAAGUUAUGCAAAUUAAUGGCAAUGUCUACGAUGUUCGAUUCUUUGGGGGACAUCACAUGCGGGCUAACAUAGAAAAAGUUUUUAUUCGGCCGAUUAGCGUCAGCUUACAAACUUUACAGCCUUCGGAAAAGGGAAAGUGGAAAGAAAUGAAGAUAAAGAGAUCAACGGCAUGGAACAGAGCUUUUGAAGAAUUGAAACAUCAUCAACACUUACUACAAAAGUCGGGCAAGAAUAUUGAAGACAUAGAUGGUGGCAGUGACUAUGAUGGACCCAAAGCUGCAAAAAUUCGGCAUGUAGAUUCAGCAAGUUUGAAAGAAACUUCUCACAACAGCAAUACAACGAAACAGAUUAUAAAAGAUUUAAGAGUUAAAGUCGAACGUCUAAGUACUGAUGGUCAUGGAGAAUUAACAGUAUCUCAAGAGACCAAAGGAAAUAAAUCUCCAAGAAGUAAAGCUGGAAGUGAAGAAAGACAAGUCCCACACUUGCCAGUAGCAGAGGAUGAACCUACAAGAGAAAUAUCCAGUACAUGUCCACAAGGUUUAAAGAAGGAGGGAUCUCAAGAAGACAUGGUAACAUCUAGUUCUCAAGAACCAAGAUCUAAAUGUGUUCUCGUGCAAACAGAGCAAAUUCAAACAGAAGUAAUACCAGCAAAGAUAAAAAGGGAACGUAGGACUUCUGAACAACCUAUAACAACGGCGUUAGAAAAACUACGACGAGAAUUGGAACUUGACAAAUGCAGAGAAAUGGAAAGACUUCAAGCAGAACAUGCCAAAGAGUUGAGGCAACUAACUGAUAGACAUCAACAGAUUAUAUCUGAAAUUAAAAAGAAACAAUGGUGUUACAACUGUGAAGCUGAAGCUAUAUAUCAUUGUUGCUGGAACACAGCUUACUGCAGUACUGAUUGUCAACAGGUUCACUGGCAACGUGAACACAAAAGGGUCUGUCGACGUAAACGCUAAUUAAAUAGGAGGUGUAAUAAGUCUUAUAAUAAUGAUUUUAUUAUGAAAAUCUAUAAGAAAUAUCAUGUUUGUUUUUUUUCUUUUUUGUUGAAAAAAGAUAAAAGCACAGUAAUAUAUAUAUAUAUAUAUAUAUAUAUAUAUAUAUAUAUAUAUAUUCUUGACACUAAUCUAUUUUCUUCUUGUAGACUUCCUUCUUAAAUGGAAGUAUUUUUUAUGCAUAAAUUUAUAUUUUUCGACCAUACUAUUUUAUAUUUAACAAUAUAAGUUAUUAAUUCUUUUAUUCAAUUUGUACAAUUGUUGUUUUUUUAUAUGAUACAACAUUUUACAAUUACUGAUUUCAAAUUAAAAAU